UGGAGGAACAUUAUGUAAAAUUGUUCUUUUUGGGUCCAAGGGCCACAGGCAGUUUGUGAGACGACCCCCAAACUCUGAAUUCAAGCCACAGUACACAGUGAAGACAGUGAAGCAUGGAGGUGCAAGCAUCAUGAUAUGGGCAUGUUUCUCCUACUAUGGUGUUGGGCCUAUUUAUCGCAUACCAGGGAUCAUGGAUCAGUUUGCAUAUGUUAAAAUACUUGAAGAGGUCAUGUUGCCCUAUGCUGAAGAGGACAUGCCCUUGAAAUGGUUGUUUCAACAAGACAAUGACCCAAAACACACUAGUAAACGGGCAAAGUCUUGGUUCCAAACCAACAAAAUUAAUGUUAUGGAGUGGCCAGCCCAAUCUCCAGACCUUAAUCCAGUUGAGAACUUGUGGGGUGAUAUCAAAAAUGCUGUUUCUGAAGCAAAACCAAGAAAUGUGAAUGAAUUGUGGAAUGUUGUUAAAGAAUCAUGGAGUGGAAUAACAGCUGAGAGGUGCCACAAGUUGGUUGACUCCAUGCCACACAGAUGUCAAGCAGUUUUAAAAAACUGUGGUCAUACAACUAAAUAUUAGUUUAGUGAUUCACAGGAUUGCUAAAUCCCAGAAAAAAAAAUGUUUGUACAAAAUAGUUUUUUGAGUUUGUACAGUCAAAGGUAGACACUGCUAUUUUUUUGAACACACCCCUUUCAACUAAUUGCCCAAUUGCACAGCCUUAAGAGCGUGCAUAUCAUGAAUGCUGGGUCUUGUUUGUUUUCUGAGAAUCUACUGAACCUACUGGUAACUUGUUUGCCACGUAGCAAUAAAAAAUAUACUAAAAACCUUGAUUAUUCUGGUUAGUCACAUUGUACUGCUAUUAUUUUGAACAAUACUGUAUAUGGUGAAAACACCUCCCUUUAUAAGUCACGUGGUUGUGCUUUUUUCCUCACCGCAAUAAUGCCAAAGAGAGUGUUCACGAGUUCGCAUUAACAUGUAAUCGAUAGGGAAUGAGAUAAAGCAUAUUUGGCGUGCUGUCCGUGCAGAGGGCUCCGAGCUCGGAAUUUUAGCCCGAACCCAGAGUACUCCCCUCUCUUUAAGGGCGCACUCACAUUAUCCCAACCAAACCAAACCAUGCCUGGGCGCGAUUGCCACCCCCUCCCUUUUCCCCCACUCGCUUGCACUCACACUGUACUUAUCUAUCCGGGCCCAAGCUCGCUUUCGUCACGCGUUCGUGGUGCUUACGUCAUUAUGAUGCGACUGCUUGAAUCACAACAGGAAGCGAAGCGUUGUCUCCUCGGAACAAUGGAGCCCAUCGAGAGCCCAUCGAGCGUUUGUUGCUUUUACUUUUUAAUCGUUUGGGUCGCGGGGAUACACAGCCUUCUCCUAUGCCAAACACUGUGAUUUGUCGAUCUAUCGCGUAUGCCGCUCAGACGUUUAAACGUAACCGUGCUGCACGCAUCAGAAGAUUUGCAAGGAGGCAAAUGAAGCUGAGGGAAGAGUUUGCUGCUUUACUAACCGAGUACAAUUCCCGUUCAUCAACAAGGACAAUCUGGAUGCAGCAGAGAUAUGGUGUGUGGUGGGAACACGUUCUCACAAGCUGGACGGACACUGAAUGGAGGAUCAAUUUCAGAAUGAGAAAGACAACGUUCUUGGAAUUGUGCAACAUCCUUCGGCCAUACCUUCAUAGAGAAACAACAACUUUAAGGAAACCAGUGCUGGUGGAACAGCGUGUGGCGAUCAGCAUCUGGAGACUAGCCACAAACGUAGAGUUCAGGACCAUAGCCCAUUUAUUUGCAAUUAGACAGUCAACUGCUGUCACUAUUGCUAAUCAUGUUGCAUCAGUAAUAGUGGACAAGUUGCUGCCCCUUUAUAUCCGGACACCCUCAGUGGAUGAAGUGCAGAUCAUAAUUCAGGGCUUCCGUGACCGGUGGGGAUUCCCGCAAUGUGGAGGUGCUAUUGAUGGUACUCAUAUUGGGAUCUUGGCUCUGUAA